AUUAUGGUCGGGACACAACAACUACCGUGCAGGCUUCCUAACGAAAUCUCGAUCUCUUUCUAUUGCUCUACAGUUUGGUCAAACACAACUGCCACCAACAUCAAGAAGCUUCAAGCUGUUCAGAAUUUCGUGUGCAGAAUCAUCACAAAAACCAAGAAACUUGGGCACAUGACACCUGCGUUACGCGAGGUCAAAUGGCUACCAGUAAAUGAGCAUCUCAACUGCAGAGACACUGUAAUGACGUUUAGGUGCAUGAAGGGCCUGGCCCCCACAUACUUGUGUGAGUCUCUCCGAAAAUCUUUUCACUAUCAUAACACUAGAAACAGAGAAUCCCUUGAUUUUCCUCCAAGCAAGACAAAGUCAGGCCAGCGACGUUUCCUCCAUAAAGCAGUCAACAUUUGGAACAAUUUAGACAAAGACUUUAAACAGUUAUCUUUAACAUCAUUUUAAAAAAAGGUGAAAACGCACAUGCUAGAGAAUUAUAUUAAUGACUGCUUUUUAUAAUUUUAUUCAUUUUUUAUUAUAAUGGUCUUUGCUGUUUAGUAUUGAAAAGCCCCCUGGGGAAUACUAAUAAAGUAUGUGUGUAUGUAUGUAUGUA